AUGUUGGGUUUGAUUGAGGCAGUAAAGGAAGUAUUUUCAGCAGCUGAACAUAGGCAGUGUGCUAGACAUAUCUAUGCGAAUUUUAGAAAGACAUUUAGUGGAUCCAAGUUUGAAGAUCUAUUUUGGAAAGCGAGCAAGGCAACAACUGAAGCACAAUUUAAUGUAGUUAUGAAAGAGAUUGGAAAAUUAAAUCCGCAAGUAGUUGUGCAUCUUAUGGCUAGAGAUCCAAAGACUUGGUCUUUGGCUUUUUUCAGAGUUCAUAAUUCUUGUGAGUCAGUAGAGAAUGGUUUUUCAGAGAGUUUUAAUAGCGUGAUUUUGGAUGCCCGGAAGAAACCAAUAAUAAGCAUGUUAGAGGACAUUCGUAUAUAUGUGAUGCAAAGGAUGGUGACUAUGAAACUAACCGGACAAGGAUGGAAUGCUUAUUCUGUUUGUCCAAAUAUCAGAAUACGGUUGAAUAUGCUCCAAACUGAGCGAAGGCAUUGGCAUGUCAUUUCUUGUGGGGGGAUGAAGUUUGAGGCAAGGAAGAUGGACAAGGCGUUUACUGUGGAUGUUGAAAAAAAGGAAUGCAGCUGCAGGCUAUGGCAACUUAAUGGAUAUGGCUGCGUACACUCAGUUGCCACCUUAGCCUACUUAAAUUUGAAACCUGACGGUCCAUAUGUAGAUUCAAUGCGUAUGCCAAGAAGGCCAACCAUAAAGAGAAGAAGAGAUGCUUCUGAACGGAUGGGAAAACAUACCGUCAGCAAGGCAGGGAAGAAAGUUUCUUGCAGCAUAUGCAAGGAGAAAGGACACAACAAGGCUACUUGUAGUAAAGGGGAGGAUGAGGUAAUCGUAGAUGCUACUGAUGCUUUGGAUAGGCCUAGAGAUGAAGAGCGAAUGGUGGGAGUCAAUGGACGGGAUGAAGGGGUGAAUGUCAAUGCUCGAGUUAAGCAUGUUAAACCACCUAAAAUGCGAAAGAAGUCAGAACGAAUCAUUAAACUGAAGCUUGCAAAAAAUAUGGGAGGUGAAGGUAGCAGUGUUGCAACGACCAUGGAAUUGGAUUAA